CUUGCCUCCAUCCCUCGCUCCCCGCCGCACCCAUGGAGGCCGGCGCAGGUCGCUGAGCCGUUCCCCCCUCCCCUCCCCUUUCCCUUAACCCUAUCCCCGGAGCCCCGGACGUCGGUGGGACCCCCCCCACCCUGCACAGCGCCCCGGACCCGCGGCGCCGCGGCCAUGUCCCUGCCGGGGAGCAGACGCUCGUCCACGGGAUCGCGAAGUCGCGGGCUUUAUGGACGGAGUGGCUUUGCCUCCUUCUUUAAGUCUUCAGCGCCCUCAGCCACUCGGCCUGAGACACAGCCUCUUCUCCCUGCCUCCAGGCGCCCCUCGCCCCCCGGGAGGGACACCUACGGCACCUCCUCGCUGAGCAGCAGCAGCAAUUCUGGCUCCUACAAGGGCAGCGACAGCAGCCCCACCCCAAGGCGCUCCUCCAAGUACAACCUCUGCAGUGACAACCAUGGGAUAAAGCCACCAACGCCAGAGCAGUACCUGACCCCCCUGCAGCAGAAGGAGGUCUGCAUCAGGCACCUGAAGGCUCGCCUGAAGGACACGCAGGAGAGGCUGCAGGACAGGGAUGCUGAGAUCGAGGACCUGAAGACGCAGCUGUCCCGGAUGCAGGAGGACUGGAUCGAGGAGGAGUGCCACCGCGUGGAGGCACAGCUGGCGCUGAAGGAAGCCCGCAAGGAGAUCAAGCAGCUGAAGCAGGUCAUCGACACGGUGAAGAACAACCUGCUGGAGAAGGACAAAGGGCUGCAGAAGUACUUCGUGGACAUCAACAUCCAGAACAAGAAGCUGGAGACGCUGCUGCACAGCAUGGAGGUGGCGCAGAACGGGGCGCUGAAGGAGGAGGGCGCCGGCGAGUCCGCGGGGGGGUCCCCGGCGCGGUCCCUCACCCGCAGCUCCACCUACACCAAGCUCAGCGACCAAGGCGCCGGGGACCGCAACGUGGGCGGCUCGCAGACCAUCUCGCUGGACGAGGGGGCCGACAGCGGCUUCGUGGGGGCGGAGGAGGCUCCGGGCCACACGGACCCGCUGGAGGUGGGGGGCGAGCCCGUCCCCCGCCUCCCCCCCAGCUCCAGCGCCUACGAGAAGCUGCUGGGGCUGCGGGGCAGCGCGGAGGCAGGGGUGCAGGCCAGCUGCAUGCAGGAGCGUGCCAGCCAGACGGACUUCCUGCCCUGCCAGCCCGACCUGGACACCAUCCUGGAGAAGGUGAUGAAGUCCCAGGCUUGCAGCCUGGGCAGCCCCACCUCGGCUUGGGUGUCUGAGAUGGAAGACGUGAUGCCCGGCCCCGAGCUCUGCAACCCCGCGGGCGCCACGGACCUGCUGCCCGGCGAGGCGGCGCCGGCCAGCGCCGAGGGCGACGCCAGCUGCAACCCCGCGGUGCGGCAGCCGCCCAGCGCCAGCCCCUCGGUGGCCAUCGCUUGCGUGGCGGAGGAGGAGGCGGCGGAGGCCGGCGCGGGCUGCGACGCCAACCCUUCCAAGAGCUACUGGAGCCGCCACUUCAUCGUGGAUCUGCUGGCGGUGGUGGUGCCCGCCGUGCCCACGGUGGCCUGGCUGUGCCGCUCGCAGCGCCGGCAGGGGCAGCCCAUCUACAACAUCAGCUCGCUGCUGCGGGGCUGCUGCACCGUCGCCCUCCACUCCAUCCGCAGGAUGGGCUGUCGCCCCGUGGCCAGCCCCGGGGGCACCGCCCAGCCCUGACACCCACCCCCUUCCCCAGCCCCCGCCCUGGGCGCCCCCCGCCGCGGACCCGACCGGCUGAUUGUAAAGCCCCGAGGCGGCCCCUGCGCUCCCGGGCUCCUCUGGUGGCUCUGGCUCGUUCUGGGUGGGAAGGGGACUGGAGGGGUGCUGUGCCCUGUGCCCCCUCCCCGGCUCCCUCCUGCCGGAGGAGCGGUGCCAAGUGGCAGUGUGGGAGGUGGCACCGUCAGGCACCAGCCCCCUGCCCGAUGGACACUCUGGCUGCAGGGGGGCUGUGGGGCUGCACCCCCCGGCUGGGCUCUCCCCUGCACUCACCUUUUUGGUUGUCCUGGCCCUGCCUGGCAGCAGGAAGAGCCGCAGGGGACCCCCUGCCCCGGGAUGUGUUUCUUGCUCCAGCUGCGGGUGGCACCAGGAGGGCCAAGUCUGGCCGUGGGUGGGAGGGUGGGGGGAACCCACCUGGACACUGGCACCAGCUCUGGGCUGGUUUGGGAGGUUGUGGAAGACCAAGGGGCAUCUGUUUGACCCAUGUUGGUGUCCAUCCUCCUGCCUCCAUCGAGGUGGUGCCGCGGCUGGGCCCUGCCUGGCCUCUCUCCAAGCCAGCCAUGGGCUGGAAGCUGGCACGGACCUGGCUGCUGCUGGAGGAGCCUGGCUGCCCCCUCCCUCUGCUUUGCACUAUAUUCACUUUUAGUUUGGGGUACAGACUGGAGCCUGGUGGGUGGGAGGGGGCCCAGGGUGAUGGAGGAGGAGCCCCCAGCCCUGGUUCUGGCCACCAUGGG